GUUUGCAUUGUGUUUUUGCGCUUUGCGACAUAAACAUCGCAAGGUAAAGUACGUCUACUGGCUGGCUAAAGUAUAAAUAAAGAGAGCGGGUAAACUGUUUGAAAGUGUAAAUCCACACAGUGUUUGUUAUUAGUUGAUUGCAGGCCAAAUAACUAAACGGAAAUCACGAAGAAACGUUCAAUUCAAUUUGUGGGCGCAAAAUGGCAUCCGGAGGCUUGACAUGUGUCAAAUACCUAACAUUUUUCUGCAAUCUUCUAUUUGCACUCUCUGGUCUACUCAUCUUGAUGGUGGGCGCCAUGGUGCAACUGAAUUAUGCGCAUUAUUCGAAUUUUGUCAGUGAUCACAUUUGGACAGCUCCCAUUAUACUUAUGGUCGUGGGCGCUGCCGUGGCAUUCAUUUGCUUCCUGGGCUGCUGUGGAGCUUUAAAGGAGAAUAGCUGCAUGAUUCUCAGUUUUGCCAUACUGGCUGUAGUUAUAUUCCUUCUGGAGAUUGGGCUUGGAAUUGCGGGCUAUGUGAAACAUUCGGGAUUGCAGCAGUUAAUGGAAAAUCAAUUCAAUACCACAAUGAAGCAUUACAACGAUCGUGAAGAUUAUCGUGAUGCCUGGACUCUGCUACAAACCGAAUUAGAUUGCUGUGGUACCUACGGCCCCAACGAUUGGGAUGGCAUCUUUCCAAACAAGACUUUAUCGCCAGCCUGCUGUAAACUAAUCAAUCUGAGCGAGGCUCAGGAGUGUACCACAUUGCAUGCCAUUAAUCAGGGCUGUCUACACAAACUGUUGGGCAUACUUGACUCCAAGACUUUAGUAUUGGCCGGUGUCGUACUUGCUGUGGCGGGUAUACAGCUGCUCACCAUACUAUUUGCUUGCUGCUUGUAUCGUUCGUUUCGCCGCAGCUACGAUCACGUUUAGGCUGCGCAGUGAGGAUCCCAUCUAUAGAUUUUAACGGGAGCCCACUUUUAAGUAGUUUGUAGUUUGGUCAAAUGCAUGCGAUCUAACUCGUUGCCGUCUCUAAGAAGCUCGUCAAUAUGUAAAAGAAUGAUAAAAUGAGAAACAAAUUCACAACAAUCAACACAAAAACCACAUGCAUUAAGUUAGAUUUGUGUCAAUCCUUAUUGUUAUUCAAUCAUUCCAAUUUUUAGUUUGUUAUUUACUAUUCAUAUUUUAAAACUAGUUAACGUUAUUUCUCCAUAAGACAGUAUUUGCCUUAAGCUAUACAUUUAUCUCAAGCUUGUAUCUUACAAUCUCAUGUAUGUAUCUCAUAUAUACAAUCUUUGGAAUUUUU